UGAGGGUGUAUCAGUAUUGUUGGAAGUGUUUGUGCGCUACUGCUGAAAGGGGGCUUGGUCACAGUGUACACUAAAGUUAGAUUGGGGGGUGGGGGGGUGUGUUAGAGGCUUUCUGAACAGAGUCAUUGGAUUUACAAUAUUUCUUAUGGGAAAAAUUGAUUGGGGUAGCAUCCGUUAGACCUUUUGGAAUGAAUUAAUGACACUUACCAAGGUUCCAAUCAUUACUUGACUGAAAGAGAAUCUCUUUCUUUACUGUCAGGUUUGACAGACAUCAGAUAUGUCUCAAUCUGGCGAAAAGGCGAAGUUCCCAGAUGCAACUGGUUACGUUGGGUUUGCCAACCUUCCAAACCAAGUUCACCGAAAGUCUGUGAAAAAAGGCUUUGAAUUCACCCUCAUGGUUGUCGGGGAAUCUGGUUUGGGCAAAUCAACGCUUAUAAACAGCCUGUUUCUUACUGAUCUCUACCCUGAACGCUACAUUCCUGGCGCUGCAGAGAAGAUCGAGAGGACGGUGCAGAUUGAAGCAUCCACCGUGGAGAUUGAAGAGAGAGGUGUGAAGCUCCGCCUCACCGUGGUGGAUACCCCGGGAUAUGGUGAUGCCAUCAACAGCCAGGACUGCUUCAAGACCAUCAUUCACUACAUCGACAAUCAGUUUGAGCGCUACCUCCACGACGAGAGCGGCCUGAACCGACGGCACAUAGUGGACAAUCGGGUGCACUGCUGCUUCUACUUCAUAUCACCAUUUGGACACGGUCUAAAGCCUUUGGAUGUGGAGUUUAUGAAGGCCAUUCACAGCAAAGUUAAUAUCGUCCCUGUCAUCGCUAAGGCUGAUACACUGACGCUGAGGGAGCGGGACCGCUUGAAGAGGCGGAUCCUGGAUGAGAUCUCAGAGCACGGAAUUAAAAUCUAUCAGCUACCCGAUGCGGACUCUGACGAGGAUGAGGAGUUCAAAGAGCAAACUAGAGUCCUCAAGGCCAGCGUCCCCUUUGCUGUCAUUGGCUCUAACCAGCUGAUUGAGGUGAAGGGAAAGAAGAUCCGUGGUCGUCUGUACCCCUGGGGAGUUGUGGAGGUGGAGAAUCCAGAGCACAAUGACUUCCUCAAGCUCCGCACCAUGCUUGUGACGCACAUGCAAGACCUCCAGGAGGUUACUCAGGAUCUGCAUUAUGAGAACUUCCGCUCAGAGAGGCUGAAGAAAGCGGGAAGAGCUGUGGAUGAAGACGUGAUGGACAAAGACCAGAUACUGCUACAGAAAGAGGCAGAGCUGAGACGCAUGCAAGAGAUGAUUGCUCAGAUGCAGGCACAAAUGAAGAUGAAAUCAGACGAGUGAAAGUGUUGGAACACACACACACGCAUACACACUAAUCUGCUGUCACCCAACCCAACUUGCAGGAGUUUCCAAGAUGCCACUGUUGACUCCUAUCUGAUUCAGAAACUCCACACUAUUUCCUUCUUUUUAUUUUUAAGCAUGAUGACCAGAAUUCAGCUGCAGUCAGCGUAUGACUGUUAAUGGAUUCUUUUAGUGUCUUUGAGGAAUUAAUACCAAGUGAGUCAACACUGGCGAUAUGGUAUAGACUUUUAAUCCUAAUCUUUAUAGUUUGCCAAGCUGCCGUUAUCUGUACUUCACAUGUUUACCAAAAAGGUCUCUACUCUGAACUGCUAUUGUUAGACCUUUUGACCAUAUUUACAUCUGAAAAGUAGAAAAGUUAUUCGCUUUAUUUGACUGUUAAUGAAAAAUCACUACAAAUGCCAGCACGAAAUUACAUGUUUCUCGUUGUGUCACCUCAUCCAUCCACUAAGGUUGCUGUCAGGUUCCUAUAAUAAUGCACUCAUAAGUGCCAUGUCACGUAUAUUGUAUUUAUGAGACGUUUGACGUCAUCGCUAUAUGAAACAAAAAAUGUUAAUUUGUGUCAUUUAUUGCGUGCAAUGGCCAGUUUCUAGUUCAGCACAGUGUUGUCCAUGUACAAAAAAAAUGUAAGAAACUGAUGUAACGGACGUGCCAUUCAGAAUGAUUCGAUUAACUGCAAAACACAACACUUGUUACAUGUGUUUUUGUACUUCCACUGAAAUAAACCUUUUGUUUAGCGAAAACACA